AAAAUCAUUCUCAGGUCACGUGUGGUCUUCAAGGUGCACCUCUGAAUGAACGCCGAGCCUACAAGCUUUAUUAGGUUCCUCGAAGAAGUGAGCUAAUGUUCACAAGGGCCUUAUUUUCUAGUGAUCUAAAUACAUUUUUACAUUUGUUUACCAAAUUUUUGUUUACCAAAUUAAGGGCAGAGAACCAUUGACACAGAUUUUCUACAAAUUCUAAGAACAAAUGGUGGUUUCGGUCAUGGCGGUAGCACGCGGUGAAAACGUGUAGUUAGACAUUCAAAAGUAGCAGAAUCUAAACAGAAAAAAUCUAAAUGAAAGACUUUUUACGCUGCAGUGUAGGCGCUAUUAUAUUUUAGGAAGUUGUUGAUAACAUUAUACAUAAUGUUUCAAUGCAGUAGUACUUUUACUUAAGCAAAGGAAUACUUCUGCCCGAUUCACACUAAUAUAAAUAAAACAAAUCGGCGACGACGGCAGAUGCCAGAAAGAUUGGCUCUUCCAUCACGCUGUUGUCACACACAACUGUACAGUUCAUUCUUUCGCUCCAUCCUCCAUCAGAUCUUGCAGUGUGCACGGAAAGUGAUGAGGCUUUGAUGCAGAAACCGUCGUCAGAAGACGGUCUGCAUGUUCGAGCCGUGUAAACAGACGGGACAGCAGCAGAAAUCAGUGGGCGGUGAAGACAGGAAGAUGUAACCAGGUAAGGAAAUAGUGACACAGAGGAUGGGUAGAGUGAGCGAGAAGACGGAGAGAAAGGCACACCUUGAGGAAGUUAACAAAACAAAAGAAGCAGAGCAGCAGCCACAUCAUACUGGAGAAUGGGAUUUGUGCAAUACUUUGUGGCUGUCCUGAUGGUACUUGCACAGCAGGCGCUCACCUACCCUGUGAGUGAGAGGACGGACGAGAGUGAAUGGUGUAGUGCAGGUGAGUACAGGCUGUCUCGCUCAAAGUGUGAACCAUGUCCUGCAAAUCAAUACACAACUAAGAGGAACUUGGAGACCAGCUGCCAUCGCUGCUUUGGCGACUGCAGACCAGAAUUUAAUCUGAUAGUGGUUCAGAACUGCACCAGCACCUCCGACCUGAAGUGCAUCUGUGCGCCUGGUUUCAAUUGCAAUGACUUUGUCCCGGUCUCGAUGAACUGCAGAGAAUGUGAGAAGAUCCAGGAGACGACCGAAGCACCAGAAGUGUUGACUUCAAGCCAAACUAAACAGACGCCUCCCUCAGCUCCCUCAAAACAUAGCAGCACUCCCAAACCCUGUCAGUCUCCCAACUGCGACCCUGGGCCUUUCCCAAAGCCAUUUAAUGGCACGAAUCCCAAAACAGACCAUACUAGCAGUCAGCUGGCAGCCAUCCUGUGUCCGGUGGUUGUCCUGGGAUCUGUGGCUCUUGUGAUCCUGUUCUGUGGCCGUGGCCCUGGAGAUAGAACUUGUUUCAGGCAAACUAUUGCAAAGAUAUGUCAUGAGGAAAGACAAGAUGCUUCACACAAGACAAAGGAGUCAACUCAUCACUUGCCCCGAGACUCAUUCAGUGCGAAGCAGCAGUCUUCGUCCCUUUCAGCAUCUAAUCUGGGUCCCGUUCAUGUACACAAUCCAGGCACGGUCAUCUUCAGCCUGCUCAAUCACUUUACCGGCCAAGUUGGCCCAACGAUCGUGGGCGGGAAGACAACGGAGAGAAUCAACAGCGAAGAGGAAGACGAGAGAGACUGUCCCGUGUUUCACCCUACAUCCCCCCACAGCAUUCAUCUCUCUGAGGAGGAGAGGAGCGGGGAGAUAGACAGCAUUUUCUUCCCGUCCCAGGAGCAGGGGAAGGACUGCCAUGUGUCGAAGGAGGAGGCGCUAUGAUGCAGUGACUUGUUGUCACAGUCCUGGCGGCAGAUAUCCAAACUGUUCAUAAGAAAUGUUCUCUUAAAGGAAGGACUCAUAAAACUAUGAAGCCACAGAUUUCUGUGGAACAAACUAAUCUUUCUCUGGUAUCCUGUGAAGAGAGCACAGCUCGCUGCAGUGAAAUCAUUUCCUGCAGGUUCUGGAAAAAAUCUCACUGCACUGCACUGCAACUGGAGGUUGAUCUUCUUUGUAAGUUAUACUUGUAAAUAUACUCUUUUUGUCAGCUAUUAGUAUUAAUGUCUUGCAUAAGUAUUACGCACUUCAAGUAAAAUGACAUUUUAUUUUGAAUAAAGAAAGCUAAGUGGAA